AUGUUGGCACGAAAGCUUUCAGCGUGGCUGACAUGGAGCGCCUCUCUGGCUGUCGCACAGUCGAUAACGUCUAGCAGCGGACUGCAAUUGGAUAUCUCGGUGGCCAAUGGAUUGUUGAACGAGAGCACCAAUGGUCGUAUCGAAGUACUUUUCGCACCUCAAGGAACAGAUCCUCUGGACGAUACGGACGUCACCAGUUCUCUGGACUAUAUCUACGGCGAGAAUGUCCAAGGCUUGAUCUCCGGCAGCGCGGUAACACUUGCAGGCGGCAGCAACCUCACCACCAGAACAGGUGUUUAUGGGUGGCCUCUCGUAGGCUUACAGGAUCUUCCAAGCGGCAACUACAGUGUCCAAGCAUUCAUGAACAUCUACGAAACCGUGACGCGCAGCGAUGGCUCAGUCGUCAGCGUUCGCUUCCCUUGUGGCGAUGGCGCACCACCAAUCGGUGGCUACGGCAGCUUGCUAACUACAAUCUCUGACAUCGAAGUGUCUGGCAACGAGCAGACCGUCAGCCUCACCUUCAACGACACCGUACUUGCUGGGGAAUUCAAUGGUUCCGAGAUCGGUGGCUGCUCGCAAGGCAAUUAUGUGGACACUGAGUUCCUGAAGUACAUCAAGAUUCGUAGCGAUGCUCUGUCCACAUUCUGGGGUCGCGAGAUGUACGUCGGCGCCACCGUACUGCUACCAUUCGGCUACAACCAGACAGACCAGUCUACUCGAUACCCAGUCUUAUACCACCAAAACCACUGGACGGCAAACCAAGGCGCUUUCAGAUACCCAGUAGCCAAUUUCUCCUCUGAAUGGGACGCCGGCAUGAUCAACGCUACAGACACAAUGGAGGCGCGCGAAACACCGAAGAUGAUAUUAAUCACGUUCCGCCAUGAAACACCGUUCUACGAUGACUCGUACGCUGUCAACACAGCCAACAUUGGGCCGUAUGGCGUUGCUUUGAACGACGAGCUUAUUCCACAUCUCGACAAGACCUUCAACACGAUAGGAGAACCAUAUGCCCGCGUACAAGAGGGUGGCUCGACUGGCGGCUGGGAAUCUGCUGCUAGUCUCGUCUUCCGUCCGGAUCUGUUCGGUGUGACAUUCACAUCCUAUCCGGACUCACUCGACUUUCACAGACAUCAAGACAUCCCUCUCUACGACUCUGCCAACGCCUAUGUACGGGAUAACGGGAGCAUGAUCAUCUCAAUCCGUACAUUCGAAAAUGACACUCAAGUCAACCUCGCCACAGUCGCACAGGAGAAUCAUUGGGAGCUCUCGCAAGGCACCUCAUCUCGUUCAUUCUUGCAGUGGGAUAUCUGGAACACCGUCUUCGGCGUGCAAGGCUACAACAAUUACCCCCUCGAACCAUGGAACAAAGUCACAGGCGAAAUCUACCCUGCUGCGGUCGAAUACUGGAAGUCAUUCGACUUGUCAAACUACAUCACCUCGAACUGGGGCGGUCCCAAGAACCUUGGCGAAGUACUCAAGAACCGCAUCUUCAUCUACGUUGGCACGCACGACGACUACUUCCUCAACGAAGGCGUCCUGGAGUUCCAGAAGCGAGUCAAUGCCAAAGGUGGCGAUGGCUGGACUAACGUGACUGUGCUUGAAGGCCAGCCGCACGGUGGCAAUUAUCAGCGAAGGACGACCUGGGACUUCCUCGAGUUGGCACUGCAGUGGGUAGAAGAUCAUGCUCCUGAUGGCAAGACGCCGCUUUCGCCGGAUGUGACGAAGGCGUCGAGUCGAGGCAAUGACUGGACGGAGGUCAUUGAGCGAGGAGGCAGACAAGCCGCUGUGGCUAGACAGAGCCCACCUGCAUUGACCUCGCGAUGGGGUGGUGUUGUGGCUACCGCCGGGCGUUGGGACCCAGGCGUUGUGCUAGAAGCGCAAUGGAUCGUCAAUGGCCGUCCCACAGCUUCAUUCCCCGUACAACAAGGUGAACAGAUACGAUUUGAGUCCCAUUCAAGAUGGCAAAAAGGUCAAGCCCAAUUGGCUGUCACUGGUAGGAAGAUUGGGUACGGGGAUGAAACGAGGUAUAGCAACACAGUCUGGGCUCGAUUGUGA